AACGGGCUGUCUGCAAUGUUGAAGAGUGGCGAGACUUUAGCUCAUUUUUCGAAACCGACAGGACAUGUGCAGGGUACGCCUCUGUCUUCACUUUUAGUAGGAUUGCUGGAUAUAAGACAAGUACAAAUUAAAGACUUGGAGCUCAAAAAGCGGAUCACAUUGAAAGGAAUUCAUAUUUUUCUUGCAUAUCUAUGAAUAUUGGAGCUGGAGGGCACUGAAGAGCGCAUAACUCGUGUUAAUUGGACACAAUAAAGGGAAGGAACCUUGCGGUCUGGGAGUUAUCCAGUUUUUAAUGAAAAUGAAAUAACUAUAAACUACGGCUUAUAAAGAAAUAGGCUUCACAUACUGUACCCAAAGCUGAACAUUUAAAGGAGGCUGAUUUGUUGAAAGAACAACCUGCAAGCCAAAGCAAAAGGUUUCGCAAUUAUUUGGGAGAGAGCACAAAGAUCAUAAACAAAACAAGGACUGACGAAGGAGUGUUUUAUUGAAGAAAAACCCCUGAUGAAUUUGACUUUUAUUUACUCCCAACAUUAGUCCAUAAUUUCGUAUAAAUACUAUUUUAUCAUUGAAUUGACAGAAGUCCGCUAAAUCAGUGCUGUGUUGCUUUAUCCUUCCCCCCAAAAAAGACAUGAGUUGCUUCUGUGCUGCUCAGGAGGAGUUUUAUUGUGAAGUUUUACUGUUGGAUGAAACCAAAUUGACGUUAACCACUCAACAACAAGGAAUAAAGAAGUCCACUAAGGGGUCGGUGGUGCUGGACUUUGUGUUCAACCAUGUGAACCUGGUAGAGACAGACUACUUCGGGCUGCGCUACUGUGACCGCAGCCACCAGACGUAUUGGCUAGAUCCCUCAAAAACCCUUUCAGAACACAAGGAUUUAAUAACGACAGGGCCUCCAUACACACUCUAUUUUGGGGUCAAGUUUUAUGCUGAGGAUCCCUGCAAGCUAAAAGAAGAAAUAACAAGGUACCAGUUCUUCCUGCAGGUAAAGCAAGAUGUACUACAGGGCAGAAUCCCCUGUCCCCUCGAUAUCAGCGCACAGCUGGCAGCCCUUGCCAUACAGUCUGAACUUGGCGACUACGACCCGUACAAACAUGUGUCGGGCUACGUGUCAGAGUACCGUUUCGUCCCGGACCAGAAAGAGGAACUGGAAGAUGCCAUCGAGACGAUUCACAAAACCGUAACGGGUCAGGUUCCUUCAGAGGCUGAAGCCAAUUAUUUAGGAAUAGCCAAAACACUGGAUAUGUAUGGAGUCGACCUUCACCCUGUGUUCGGAGAGAAUCAGGCUGAAUACUUCCUGGGGCUGACACCUAUUGGAGUUGUUCUUUACAAAAACAAAACACAAGUUGGGAAGUAUUUCUGGCCAAGGAUAACUAAAGUGCAUUUUAAGGAAACACAAUUUGAGCUUCGAGUUGUUGGAAAAGAUUGUACAGAGACGUCGUUCUUCUUCGAGGCACCCAAUAAGACGGCCUGUAAACAUCUGUGGAAGUGCUGCGUAGAACACCACACUUUCUUCAGAAUGCCAGAAAAUGAUUCCAACACACUGACAAGAAAACUAUCCAAAUUUGGUUCCCUGGGAUCUAAACAUCGGUACAGUGGUAAGACAGCUAUGCAGAUGGGCAGGGAUCCGUCUGUCAGUCUGCCUCGGCCAGACCUGCAGGUUGUCAGGACCCGCAGCAAGACCUACCCCAAGAGACCACCACAGACCAAAGGACUGAACAAUGGGAAUCGGUCAAACACAAAGACGGAGAAUUCGGAAAAAGAAGGAACGGCUAAGAUUACAGCACUGUCGCCUGUGAAGAGCUCCAAAGUAACCAAGGCGGUGAAUGGUGGUCCAGAGGAACAGCGAGGGAAGCCCAAUGCACCAUGGGAUGAGAACGCCCCACAAAGUGGACUGUACAACACGGCCAACGAACGAACAAAGUCGCCUAAAUUCCCCACGGCACGUGGACGCACCCCGUCAGGAGGCAGCGAGAACGAGCCAUCCCAGAACAGACGCAGGAAAGGCCAGGCCAGUGAUCCAACAGAUCCCCAGCAGCAGAACAAACAGCAGAGGAGAAGGUCACGUUCCCGUGGCAACACCAGUAGUGGCAGCGAGUCUGAGAACUCCACCCGGGAUCAUCGUAAAAAGAGGAACCGGUCUCGUCAAGAGAAUGAGAUGGUGGACUCUGGUCCUCAGUGGGAAGCUGUGCUCCGCCGUCAGAAGGAGAGAUCUCAGAAUGACCCAAACCACCGCCGCUCACGACACCGCUCUCGAUCGCGGAGUCCAGACGUGCAGGCUAAGGAACAGCUGUGGAAGCACAUCCAGAAGGAGCUGGUGGACCCUGCUCCAGACCUCACAGAGGAUCAGCUGAAGGAGAUCCCCUACAAGAAAGUGGAAACCCAAGGAGACCCAAUAAAAAUCCGGCACUCUCAUUCUCCCCGGAGCUUCCGUCAGUACCGGCGCUCCCAGUGCUCCGAAGGGGAGAGAUCCGUGCUCUCUGAGGUCAAUGCCCGGACAGACCUUGUGCCCCCAUUACCUGUGACACGAACAGCAGACAUCCCAGGUUCCAGCUCCACCCCCUCUCAGAAGAAGCAUGGAUCCAAAGACACCCUGCUCCCAGAGAUCAUAGAGCAUGAUGUGAAGAGCAGCGCAAAGGUGGUGAAGACUGUCCACACUCCUAGGACUAAGGUCGAGACGUGACCUGACCAAAACACAACCACCACCGCAGAAACAAUGCCACAAUCUCCCACCAACACAAAACGACAAGAACACUCUGAUUUCUUGAAAGAAAAAAAGAACUUGUGAAAUACAAUGGAGGGAGCUGUAUAUAGCACAAUGGCUGUACUGUACACCAGUGACCAGCCCCACCUUGAAAUACUCCUGUGUGUGUGUGUAUGUAUGUAUGUUAGAUAAUGCAUGAACAAAAAGGUCACUGGUCUAUGUGCCAGUAUGCUCUGCUGUCUUUUGGACCACACCACACUGGAAACCCUGUAAAGUAUCUUCACAUCAUUUACAGUGGCUUGCGAAAGUAUUCACCCCCCUUGGCAUUUUUCCUAUUUUGUUGCCUUACAACC